GCCAACGGCUAACGGUCGCUAGGCAACGAGUAACGCUAAAACCAGGACAGAAGGAGACUAUACCACAGAAGUCGGAGCAGAGUCUAUUAGAGACACGACUCAAAAAAAAAAAACAGAAAGAACACAAUGUACAGUUGCUUUCAGUCCAUCCGUGAGUUAUUCUGACCUGGUUCUGAUGAAGCUGGACCUCGCUAGUCCUCCCAGAGUGAGACUCCUCACGCGUCCGUGUGAGACUGGCGCGGGAACGAGCAGAUGGCUGUGCAGACACAUGAACCUGCCUUAUGAAAGAGGUCGGUCUGAUUUUCAGAGCCUAACUCAGACAGAUGACCCUGGCUUCAUCAAGUUUAACCCCCAGGCCUUCCCUCCCGCCGACAGCGCCCCCCUGGCACCUCUCCGAGACCUCGCCCAGCUAACGGAGCCCUGCUCAGGCCUCCUGAGCGCCGGAGCCCGAACUGAUCUGAGCCUCCCAGGACAGGCUAGGUUUAUAGACAGACACUACGCUCCUUCUGACCUGUGGGUCCCCGCCGGAGUCAGAGAAAGGCCUCGGACUCCUACAGGCAGGCCUUCAGCUGUUAUAGACGACCUGCCUGAGGACAAGCGCUGGAAUUCAAGGACAAAGUCGGAGUCAGCAACGCAAGCGAGGCUUCAAGGCCGAACAGCUGAGGGGAGAACUGAACCAAGUCUCUCAGAAACUGCCUGGUCUACCAAACCUCCCGAGAGGGGUGCACGUUCCACUGCUCUCUCUGAGUAUGUGGACAAGGCAGCUCGGCGGUACAUCUACACCUCAGUAGCUCAAAGAGGUUAUGAGGAUGUAGAUUGGGACUCUAAGCUACCCCCUCGUCUCAUACCUCCCAUGACCACUCUGGAGAAAAUGCCCGACCCCGUUAAUCAGCACUUCACUCUGAAAAGGUACCACAGCAGGCCAGAACUAUGGCAGGCUGUUGGACCUCAUUGGAAUAAGCGUCAACUUCGAGCCACAUUUAAUGCGAAGAAACCUGUUAGUUUCACCAGCCCAUGUCCAAAAUCAGGCCAUAUUCCUUUAUAUUGUGGUGUGGUGGGCUCUCAGAACAUGGACAAUGUGGAUAGCCCAGAGCAAGACUUCAAACCUCUGACAGUGCUGCGUACCAUCUUGCCUCCCUACACACCCACAGCCCACCGCCUCACUAUUCCUGGUUACACUGGUAAAGCUCUACACGAUAGGCCUCACACCUCAGCCAUCAGCCAGCCAUCUGCAAUACUGGCUCUUCCGUCUCCAGGGAGCAGUUUGUCCCCCUCAGCCUAUGGUCGCAGAGCCCCGCUGUCCAGAAUGGUCACUACAGUCCCACCAUGCAAUCCUUACCUUCAGCGUAAAGCUCCUACGAUUCCCCUCUAACAUCCCCCAUCUAAAGCCACUGCACAAAAAAACGCUAUAAAUGUAAACCAGGGGAAUAAAGUGGUGAAAAACUGUGGAAAAAUAUAAUCCCUUUUCAAGAAAUCCAAUCUGUAUUUGUGAAUAGAUCUGUAAUGAUGUGAUAUCAAUGACUGAUUCUCUGUGAGUUCAGGAUAAUGAGAUGCUUCAUUAGCAUAAUUUCCCUUGAUUCAGAUGAGAUGUUCUGUGAAUAUGGAAGAAAUGUCGUUGUGUUACAUUUUGCAUAUGUAUGCAGUGAAUUGUGUGUGUGCAUCAAAGUGUAAUGUCAUAUUAUUCAUAUUAUUUAUUUUUAUUUUAUUUUGACUGCCAUAGUAGAUCUCCACAAGUCACUUGCAAUAAGAAAACAUUACAGUUGUGGUCUUGAA